AUGGCUGGGUACUACGGUGGGUUCCUCGGUAUGGCUGGGUACUACGGUGGGUUCCUCGGUAUGGCUGGGUACUACGGUGGGUACUACGGUGGGUACUACGGUGGGUACUACGGUGGGUUCUACGGUGGGUACUACGGUGGGUACUACGGUGGGUACUACGGUGGGUUCUACGGUGGGUACUACGGUGGGUACUACGGUGGGUUCUACGGUGGGUUCUACGGUGGGUACUACGGUGGGUACUACGGUGGGUACUACGGUGGGUACUACGGUGGGUACUACGGUGGGUUCUACGGGUCCUUCUUGUGUGAUGGCCCCGUGUUCGCAGUGUUGGAUUUCUCCAGUAUUCGGUGCCGGUGUUGUGUGGGCUGGUGA